UUGGAGGGAGUUAGCAUGUGGUCAGUGCUGUGUUGCUAAGCCAGCCCCCAGCUCACAUUACACACUACUGUAUUUAUAACCUCUCGGAGCUGUUUCCCCCUUCAAGCAGUUCUCUGGGACCACCUUCUAUUGGCUUCAACCUCUCCCACUUCUUGACAUCUGAGCAGCUCUGAGAAAGGCUCAUCUAGGUCCGAGUGUUUAUGAAGCGGAGACUGGCCACUAGGGCUAUAGACCUGGAUUAUCUGAGCUCAGCUGCCUGCUGCAAAGUCUAUCGUUGCCGUUUUGGAAAAAAAAAAUCCCAACCCCGAUCUGUUUACAGUGAAAGUUGACAAAGGGUGGUGAAGUUGGAUCUUUCCUAAACUCUCCUGCCUGGAACCUGAGACUUGCAUGCCAUGGAUCACACACUCUUUGGCUGCCUGCGCAGCCCCCAUGCCACCGCGCAGAGCUUGCACCCUUUCUCCCAGUCUUCUCUUGCCCUGCAUGGAAGAUCUGACCACAUGUCCUACCCUGAUCUGUCUUCUUCUUCUUCCUCUUGCAUAAUAGCGGGAUACCCCAAUGAGGAGGGCAUGUUUGCCAGCCAGCAUCAUAGGGGGCACCACCACCAUCACCAUCACCACCACCACCACCAUCAGCAACAGCAGCACCAGGCUUUGCAGACGAACUGGCACAUUCCUCAGAUGUCGUCUCCUCCCGCCGCGGCCAGGCACAGCCUCUGUCUUCAACCCGACUCAGGAGGACCCCCGGAGCUGGGCAGCAGCCCCCCCGUCCUGUGUUCAAACUCUUCCAGCCUGGGCACGAACACCCCUACGGGGGCAGCGUGUGCGCCAGGGGACUAUGGCAGGCAGGCUCUGUCCCCGGUGGAAACAGAGAAGAGGUCCGGCAAAAGGAAAAGCGACAGCUCAGAUUCCCAAGAAGGAAACUACAAGUCAGAGGUCAACAGUAAACCCAGGAAGGAAAGGACAGCUUUCACCAAGGAGCAAAUCAGAGAGCUAGAAGCAGAAUUUGCUCAUCAUAACUAUUUGACUAGGCUGAGGAGAUACGAGAUAGCAGUAAACCUUGACCUCACUGAAAGACAGGUGAAAGUGUGGUUCCAGAACAGGCGGAUGAAGUGGAAGCGGGUAAAAGGGGGCCAGCAAGGGGCAGCAGCCCGGGAGAAGGAACUGGUGAACGUGAAAAAGGGCACCCUGCUCCCUUCCGAGCUCUCGGGCAUCGGCGCGGCGGGGCUGCAGCACACGGGGGACUCACUAGCGAACGACGACAGCCACGACAGCGACCACAGCUCUGAGCACGCACACUUAUGAUACACAGAGAGUGUUCCCAGCUCCAUUCUCAGGAAAGAUGCUUUGCUGGCGAGCCUUACACGGGCAUCGUUUACGGAUGCAAGUGACUCUGGCAGUGAUUUUUGAAAUUGUUGUUACGGAAAAUUCAGGCUGGUUGUGUCUGCUUUUCUUGAUUUUGAGAUGGUUUACAGUAAGUGCCAUGUCUUAAAGGUGCCUCAAGAGUGGAGAAGUGGAAGACGAACUUACUUUGAACAUUCCAGAUUUGUUUAUGUCAUGUUUAUGACAGCGGGCAGGUAUUUUUGCUUUAGCUUGCACUGAAAAUUACAUUGCUCUCAACAGAGGUUAUAUUCUGAAAACCACAGUGCCACAAAAUCACUAUCUAGUGGAUAAGAAUUGUAUUUUAACUCUGUAUAUAUUUACCUUACAGCAUUUUUCUGUCUUCACUAAUUUUAGCAAUGCAUUCAUAUUAGCUGAUGGCAAUAGUCACUCAUGACAAUAAAUGGCUUUUUUUCUCUUUAUUUUGUUUUGUUUUUCCAGACAUACAACACAGGCAGAUACUUUUGUUCAAGUAGAGAACAAUGCAAGAGUGUUUGCUUGGACACAUCCUUGUAUGACAGACAAAACAAACCUUAUGUUGCAUUUACUCUCAACUGCUGCUAAUAGGGUAUUAUUAAACUUACCUAGCUCCUCAAUUCUUCUUAUCUUAUAACUGCAAAAAAAUGAUUUUUAGGAUCAUAAGGAUAAUCCAGUAACCUGCAAAAAAUGUCACGUUCCACUCAUGCUUGGUGGAAAUUUCCCAGAGGAUUAUUCAUUUCUAUUUUGUCAUAAUUGAAUACAUUGAUAAAUACUGACACUCUGCAGAAAUGUUGUUGCUUCACCUUCAGUUUAAAAAAAACCACAAAAAAGCAGAUAAACUGAAAGUUAUUAUCUACUGCUUAUGUUGGUAGAAAUCAAAAUAUGAAGGUAACUCACCAUUGUGUCCCAUGUGUAAAAUCAAGACUUUUCUGUUAUAAGCUUUUGUGUACAUACAGGCAAAUACCAAACCCCAAAAUCUAAUGCAAACCAUUGAUUGUACUUUGUAAAGAAAUAUGUUUAAUAAAUAAUCCUUUU